GAGCCAAUGUUGUAUGAGCUCUACGACUCUGCUGACCAUAUUGCAUACACCCCUGAAGCUGCUCUUCAGGCAGGUCUCGGCAUGGUAAAGACUCUGAGGGCUGGAAUCAACAAACUUGAGCUUGGCAGCAAGCUUCGAAAGGACGUUUGGCUGCGUGAAAUUGACAAUCUGCUUAGUCAAGGUGUCCCUACAACAAUGAUAGCCGUUUGUGGAGCGACUGGGGCCGGAAAGUCUUCGAUACUAAAUGCAAUCUUGGACGACAAUAUUGUCCCAACAAGUGGUAUGCGAGCAUGCACAGCCGUGGUCACAGAAAUAGCAUAUCAUGCCGCACCUACCAUAAAUGCGGACGUCUCGUUCCUUUCUGAAGCUGAGUGGAGAGCAGAACUUGCUGUUCUACUCGAUGAUCUUGUGGAUGGAGACGGUAAUUUGAAACGUAAUACUGACCUACGGAGUGAUUCGGGUGUUGCUUGGCACAAGGUUCAUGCUGUCUAUCCAUCUAUUGCCCAAGAGCAACUUAUUCACCUGACGGUUGAUCAAAUUUUGGCCCGCGAUACAGGUAUAACUACAGUCUUGGGCACCACGAAGAAAAUAUCGGCAAAGAAUUCGACGAUAUUCGCCAAGGAGAUUGCGAAAUAUAUCGAUUCUAAGGACCGGAAACGAGGUGGCAAGAAGGACAAGAAGAAAGAGACGAAGAAGAAAGACUAUGGCCCAGCUCUGUGGCCCCUCAUUCGUCAAGUCAAUGUGCGGUGUAAUGCCCAAGCUCUUUCCACGGGCGCCAUUCUAGUUGAUUUGCCUGGUGUUGCCGACGCUAACGCAGCAAGGAAUAGCAUCGCAAAGGACUACAUGAAGAAGUGCAACUGCAUCUGGAUUCUGGCACCUAUCACUCGUGCAGUAGAUGACAAGACUGCUAGAGAUCUUCUUGGUGAAGCUUUUAAACUGCAGCUGAUGAGUACCUAUGAUGCCCACACGAUCACGUUCAUUGCUAGCAAGUGUGAUGAUAUAUCUUGUUCUGAGGUUAUCCCAGCCUUGGGUAUCGAGGAUGACCCUGAACUAGAAGAGAUCGAGGGCCGCAUUGAACGGUACAAAAAGGACACUGCUGACCUCAAAAAGAGGAAGACGGAUGCGGAGUCAUCGAUGAAAGCUAUCGACAAGCAGCUCAAGAACGUUCGAGCUUUGCUGACAGAGUACGAGCAACACAAGACGGCACUGGAGAACGGCGAGAUGUUUUUACCACAGUUGACCACAACAGCAUACAAGAAGGCCCAGAGCACGGGCAAGAAAAGAAAAAAUAUUAGCAGGGGGAAAUCUGGGUCACCCAAGCGCCACAAGCGAUUUGGGGACGACGACGACGACGAUUUUGAGAUGGAUGAUAUUGACAAUUAUCUUCGAGUCAGUGACGACAUCCAUGUGGAUGAUGAGGACGAAAGGUCAGACGACGAAGAUGAAGGGUCAGACGAUGAGGAUGAAGAGAGAGACGAUGAGGACGAAGAUGAGGAUGAGGAUGAAGUGGAAGAGGAUGACUCAGACGGGGAGGAUAUACCGGACGAGCCAGAGGAGGUCACGGUCGAGGUUCUCCAGGAGAAGAUUAGCGAUGCCAAGGAAGCUAUCAAUGUUGGACGCGAACAGCUUAACGAUGCACGCAAGACACGGAAGGAUGCCGUUGAUGCCCUCAGCAACCUUAAAAAGAAGAAGACGAAAGCACAACGUGACAAGAACGCAUUCUGUUCUCUGAAGCGUUCAGAGUUCUCCCGCGAUAUCUUGAAAGAAGAUUUUCGCAUUGGUUUGAAAGAUCUUGAUGACGCCGCCGCCGAGGAACGAAACCCAAAUUCUUUUGAUCCGACUCAAAAUAUGCGCAAUUAUGAUGAGAUCGAUCUUCCUGUGUUCACUUGCUCAUCUCGUGACUAUGUCCGCAUCACGGGACAAGUUAAGGGUGAUGGGGACCCAUCAUGUUUCUCUAACGUAGAAGAUACUGGGAUUCCUUCCCUACGGCAAUGGUGCCACCAACUGACCAUCAGUAGCCGGUCACGCGCUGCAAAGCAGUUUCACACUCACUUGAAGACAUUUGCGAACUCAGUGCGAGUCUUUGUCGAUGGGAUUGGUGAUGUGACCAUUGCAGAUCGUGAAUCCCUUCGUGAAAAAUGGGAGUCAGCGCCACAGGGUGACGAUGACGAUGACGAUGAAGGCAUGCCUUAUUGGCGUAGCUCGCCUGGUUCUAUGAGCUUCCAGAUCUUCCAACCAUAUGGAGCCAUGAUGUCCAGGGAAUUCGUGGAUGCUAAACUCUUCUCGAUGAACAAGUCAUCCCUAAAGGUGGAUGCUCGUGGCGAACCCAUAGGAGUGACUCCUCAGCUUGUGAAAGAAUUUGGUGUACACGUUGAAAAAAGCGUCUCGGAUUUGCAGGACUUGUUCCGUGAUGGUCUUGAAGAUAAAUGUCGAGUGGGAGCAGCGAAUGCUGCUGAGGGUGCGGUUCAACAUGUUGACGAGUUUGCAGGGUCCAUGCACUGGAUGACUUAUCGAGCUACCCUUCGCCGUCACGGGUCUUGGCGCCGGGAUCUGAAUGUCGGACUUGUCACGCCAUUCACUCGAAACAUUGCUUCUUCCUGGUCGACGCUCUUCGAGUCUGAUCUAUUUGCCUCACUAUCGGGCGCCAUCAUGGCAUGCAUCAAUAAGCUAAUCGCCGAUGUAGAGGCCAGCGCAGCAGCAGGACUAAAGGACCGCGUACAUGCACAAAGCUCUGUUUCGCAAGAGGAGGCACGUCAUGGAUUAGCACAGACCAUGGAAGUUGUGAAGGAAGCGCUCGGAAAGGAGCAGAAGGAGAUAUCACGUUGUCUCGCCCCUCAUGUUCAAAAAGAACUGGCGGAUGGCUACAAUCUCGCCUUCGAAGAGCGAGGCAUUGGAAGUGUCGCGCGACAAAAGGCUGUGUUCCAUGACUACGUUUAUGGGCAUAAGCAGAAUGUUUUCAAUGGUGGGGCAGAGGUCCUGAUGGGUCGGCUGUCGGCUGCAGCUGAGACUAUCGGGAAGGCCCUCAAGGAGUCGCUUCGUGAACUUGCGGAAAAGAUUGAAGUGUCGCUUGCCGUCCUCUGGGAAGGCACGCAAGACGUGCCUGAUCAAGUUCGCGCUCGAUUGCAAAUUAUCCAGUCUGUGUCCAAGCUUCUCGAUCAGUUAGACAUGUGGUCAAAGGCAGCGGAGAAAGCGUCUGCUCCUAAUGGAUCACCGUUUCAUUUUUAGGGGAUGUCGUCAGCUUCUCAUACAAGGAAUUUUAGUGAUGGUACAUUAUCAGCUGUUCUGUAAUCUUUGUGCGUGGCAUGUCUUGUUGUUCUAUUGUACAUUCUGCUAGCUACCUUAUGAUUUGUUGCUUUUAUUGUUAGUAUAGUGCAUGGAUCCGAGCAAUCAGCGAACAAUUGACAUUCUAACUAUAGACCUCAUUGCAUAUAAAAGUCAGUAAUGUACAGAGCAUACUUUGAAUAACGUAGAGUCAGAUGUCACUGGGUCCUGCCCUUUGGCUACAUGUCAAAACAGUUACUUGAAUUAAUAGUGGUGAA